AUCAAUAGCCUCACUUCUCAUCAAAGAAACCAAAAAAUGGGGUUGUGUAGGAGUCCAUUAGCACUCCUUUGUUUCAUGGGGUUAGCCCUAGCUCACAUCUGCUGUGCCCAGAACUCUCCACAAGACUACCUCAAUGCUCACAACACCGCGCGCGCACAAGUUGGUGUUGGGCCUAUGUCAUGGGACAACACUGUGGCUGCCUACGCCCAGAAUUAUGCUAACCAGAGGAUUGGCGAUUGCAAUCUAGUGCAUUCAGGUGGGCCUUACGGUGAGAACCUUGCCUGGGGCAGCCCUUCAUUGACAGGCACCGAUGCGGUGAACUUGUGGGUGGGGGAGAAGUCUAAUUAUGACUACAACUCCAACUCAUGUGUUGGUGGGCAAUGUGGGCACUAUACUCAAGUUGUUUGGAGCAAAUCAGUGCGUCUUGGGUGCGCUAGGGUUCAAUGCAACAAUGGAGGGUGGUUCGUCACAUGCAACUACGAUCCACGGGGCAACUAUAUCGGACAACGUCCUUAUUAAACAUCAUGGAACUACUUCUAACCAAGUAUGGGUACUGUUAGAGCAUGGUGAUGUAUAAUAAACUGAUCAGUAUUAUUGGUCAGAACAAUAUGGUGUGUUGCUUUAUUUUCCUUUUGUCAUGAGACAUCCUUGAUUUCCAAGUCUAAUAAAUGUGUACCUUUUUCAAA